UUACCCAUAUGAGAGUACGAUACUGAAUGUGCUAGCUAGCUACAUUGAAAACUACUAUAACCCGACGUUGGCUCAAGUAGUUAACUACGUAUUAGCUCAUAUAUGAUAAUCUGGCCAAUUUCUAACUUUGUUUCUUUUUGAGUAAAAAACUAGCUAACUAGCUAUAAACCUUAAACUUCCUAGUCAACUAUUAAUAACAAUUGUGUGUGUAUGUCUGUUAGCGAGCUACACAUCUAGCUAGCUAAGAUAACACACUGAACACCAGACGUUUUGAUUCGCCGCGUAUAUAAUUUUGCUCUAUCACAUGUUAUAUUACAGCAUUUCUAUUUAUUUAAAGCCACCAGUUCCUCAAUAGGAUGGCACAAGCAAACGAUUCUGAUAGAGCAGUAGGACCUGGCCCGACGUUCCCUUUCAAGUCUACAGAGUCAAGUGAAAGGACAGUGUCAGAAAGAGAACUAGAGAAACUGAAAAAUGACCGGAUAUUGGUGUCCGAUUUUAAGCAGAAAAAAAUCGAGAUGGAGGCUCAGAAAAAUUGGGACUUAUUUUACAAAAGGAAUACCACAAAUUUUUUUAAGGACAGGCAUUGGACGACAAGAGAAUUUGAGGAGCUUAAAGCAUGCAGAAAGUUUGAUGCCCAGAAGCUGAUCAUGCUGGAGGCUGGAUGUGGAGUGGGAAAUUGCAUCUUCCCUUUGUUGGAAGAGGAUCUCAAUAUAUUCAUCUAUGCCUGUGAUUUCUCACCUCGAGCUGUACAGUUUGUGAAGGAAAAUCACCUGUACUGCUCAGAGCAAUGUCUGGCAUUUCAGUGUGACUUGACUAAAGAUGACCUGAAAGCCACCAUCCCAGAAGAAAGUCUGCAUGUGGUCACCCUGGUAUUUGUUUUAUCAGCCAUUCAUCCUGACAAAAUGCGACACGCCCUUGAAAACAUUCAUAAGGUCCUAAAAGUCGGAGGUAUAGUCUUGUUCAGGGACUAUGGCCUCUAUGACCAUGCCAUGUUGAGGUUUAAGUCAGCCAGCAAACUUGGGGAGAAUUUCUAUGUAAGACAGGACGGCACUCGCUCCUUUUUCUUCUCCAGAGAGUAUCUUGCCAACCUCUUUCACCAGGCGGGAUUUCACACACUUGUAAAUGAGUAUGUUCUGAGGGAAACUGUGAACAAAAGGGAAGGACUUUGUGUUCCCCGAGUAUUUCUCCAGGGUAAAUUCCAAAAAUGUACCAGAAAUGCCUGUCAGUGAUCCACAAUCAUAUUUUUUAUCUAUAUGUUUGAACCUGUUUAUUUUUGAUGUAUGCAUUUUACUCUAUUAAUUGGAUGGAUCAACUUUCAAAACAGUUAAAGUUUUUGUAUGAUGUUAUUAAAUAACCUUUCACUGGUACUGGUAAUGAGAUACUAGCAUAUCAAGUUAUAUGGUUAGAAAUAAGAAUUAGCCAUACCUGUAUCAUCUUUGAACACAUGAGGGCAGCAAUUGCUUUGCCCCCCCCCCCCCCCCCAGCGUGCGGGGUCUCUCUCUCUCUGAACUGAGAUUAUAGAGAGACUAGUAUGUACAGAUAUAGUGUGUCAGGGUGAUAUAAAAUGGUAAAACACUGGUGUGUGUGAAAUGGAUGCGCUAUUAGCUGAAGUCACGAUACCAGGCCAAUAAAGGAAAUUAUAUUUUGUUGAUAAUUAGAUUUAGGUAAUGUUCUACAGCACCAUAGGUUUUCCUCCCAGUGAACAUCCAACUAAUCAAUACAUGUCAUGUUUUCUGCUUCCUGUGGAGACAGCCUGUGUAUAGUUUGUGCACUUGCUCAAGGGUCAAUUAUUUUUGCUGCUCUUUCUUUUUAGGUUAGUAGUCAAGAGUUUGAAUACUAGAACAUCUUGUGCUUUUCUAAAUGUAAAUGCCAUUACAUUAAGAUGCUAGGUCCUGUUUGAGAUCUUAAGUGAGGAAAUUCCCUUAAAUAGUUGUUCCCAUCGUGAUUGUCUUUUAUUGUUUUUUUAAGAUGAUUUAAAUGCUACUCUGGGCACAGCAAAAGUAAUCUGAGGUUAACAUAAUUAUCUGUAUUCACCCUGUAAAAAAUUGUGUAACAGAAGUGUUUAAAGUGUGAUCAAAUUUG